AACCAUAAUUAUUAAUUUUUCAAAGAAAAUUUUUUAAAAAUUAAACAAUAUGGCUGCUAAAGUAAAUAAUAAAUAAGCUUGAUUGCAUCUGGUGAAAACAUCACAAGUUUAUUGAUUAGGCUACUGAAAUUUUGUUUUAAAUACAUUUGUAUAAAAACAGUGAACUGAGCUCUACACAAUGAAGAGUCGUUUUAGCAGUCUGGAUCUGGCUGUCAUAAUACAGGAACUCCAGAGGUACCUGGGCAUGAGGGUGGUCAAUGUUUAUGAUAUUGACAACAAGACUUAUCUCAUCAGAAUUGGAAAGCCUGAUGAAAAAACUGUGAUUGUAAUGGAGUCUGGCACCAGGGUCCACAGCACAGACUUUGAUUGGCCCAAAAAUCCAGCACCUUCUGGCUUCUCUAUGAAGCUCAGAAAACAUCUAAAAGGACGUCGCUUAGAGAUGGUUUGCCAGCUGGGAUUUGAUCGAAUUGUUGACUUCCAGUUUGGGUCUGGGGAAGCUGCCUACCACAUUGUACUGGAGCUGUAUGAUAGGGGCAACAUGGUGCUGACAGACCAUGAGUACACCAUCUUGACACUGUUGCGAGCCCGCACUGAUGUCAGUGACGAGGUGAGGUUUGCUGUCAGAGAGAAGUACCCCAUCACUAAAUGCCAGCAGUACUCCAGCCCAACCAGGGAAAGGAUUGUUGAUGUCCUCCAGUCUGGUCAGGAGGGGGAUAGUGUCAAAAAACUGGUUCUACCCCACUUAGACCUGGGCCCAGCUCUGCUUGAACACGCUCUACUGACCGCAGGGUUUUCUCCAUCUGUUCAAUUAGGAAAAGGUUUUCAUUUGGGUCAAGAUUUGGAUCAACUGAUGAGCGCAUUACAACAAGCUGAUGUCUUACUAGAUCAGUUGCGAUCUCAGCCUUGCAAGGGCUACAUUGUACAGAGAAAAGACAAGCGGCCAAGUGGUAGUAGUGGAGAAAGUGAGGAUGUUUUCUUGUUUGAAGAGUUUCACCCCUAUCAGUUCAAACAGCAUGCAACAAAACCUUGUGUGGUCUUUGAGAUGUUCAAUCAGGCUGUUGAUCAGUUUUUUUCCAAACUUGAAGGGCAGCGUGUUGAGCUGAAAGCCAUGCAACAAGAGAAGACAGCUCUCAAGAAGCUGGACUUUGUGAGAUCCGAUCAGGAGAAAAGAAUAGAAAAUCUACAGAAGGAGCAGGCAACUGAUAUCUUGAAAGGUCAACUGAUAGAGAUGAAUCUUGAUUUGGUGGAUGAAGCUAUCCUGAUCGUGCGCAGUGCUCUGGCUAACCAGGUCGACUGGAAGGAAAUUUCAAACUUUGUCAAGGAAGCGCAAACAAAUGGCAACAAAGUGGCACUGGCCAUUCAUAGUCUCAAGCUGGAGACCAACCAGAUCACACUAGCUUUAAGAGAGCCAUUUGUUGAAUUAGCUCAACAUAAAGUGGACAUUGAUCUUUCACUAAGUGCAUACGGGAAUUCCAGAAAGUAUUUUGAAAGAAAGAAACAAGCAGCCAAGAAAGAACAGAAAACUUUAGAAGCUACUAGCAAAGCAUUGAAGUCUGCAGAAAAAAAAGCCAAAGAAACCCUGAAGGACGUGGCGGUGGCUGCCACCAUCUGCAAGACUAGGAAGACCUUUUGGUUUGAAAAGUUUCUCUGGUUCGUCAGCUCAGAGAACUACCUGGUGAUUGGAGGGAGGGACCAGCAGCAGAACGAACUGAUAGUCAAACGCUACAUGAAGCCUAGUGACGUCUAUGUGCAUGCUGAUCUCCAUGGAGCAAGUAGUUGUGUCAUUGUCAACCCCACAGCAUCUCCAGUUCCCCCCAAGACGUUGAAUGAAGCUGGCACAAUGGCCAUCUGUAACAGCGCUGCCUGGGACUCUAAGGUCAUCACCUCAGCCUGGUGGGUACAUCCAUACCAGGUCUCCAAGACAGCCCCCAGUGGAGAGUAUCUGUCUACUGGCAGUUUCAUGAUCAGAGGAAAGAAAAAUUAUCUGCCCCCAUCAUAUCUCAUUUAUGGAUUUGGAUUUCUAUUCAAGCUUGAAGAUGGAAGUAUAGCACGCCAUCAAGGGGAGAGAAAAGCACGGCUAGACAUCUUGGAGAGUGGUCAGGAGGAGAGUGGUCAGCAGGAGAGUGGUCAGCAGGAGAGUGGUCAGGAGGAGAGUGGUCAGCAGGAGAGUGGUCAGCAGGAGAGUGGUCAGGAGGAGAGUGGUCAGCAGGAGAGUGGUCAGCAGGAGGAUGAGGUGAAGAGUGAGUUCUACCCUGACACAAACAUCCAACUCUACCAUCUUGAUAAAACUGGGUCAGAGAAAACUGAGGAGGUUUAUUUUCUCGGAGACAAUGUUCCAGUUGUACUGGGAGAAAAGGUCUCCUCGCGUGUCAAGCUGUCUGGCAAACAAAAGAUACUUCCAAAGAAAGGAGAGUCAGUACAGAGUGCUGAGAAAAAUUGUGAGAGGAAAACCCAGCAACCCAAGAGGGGUCAGAGGUCAAAGCUUAAAAAAAUGAAGGAGAGAUACGGAGAUCAGGACGAUGAGGAGCGCAGGCUGAAGAUGGCAAUUUUAGCUUCUGCAGGUAAAGAAGAUGUUAAACAACAUCAAACUGUCCAGUCAACCAAAGAUGUCAAGCUUGGUCAAAAGGUCAAGCCUGGAAAUCUGUCUAAAACAAUCAAUGUGCCAGAUGUCACAAGUGCUGAUGUGCCAGAUGUCACAAGUGCUGAUGUGCUAGAUGUCACAAGUGCUGAUGUGCUAAAUGUCACAAGUGCUGAUGUGCCAGAUGUCACAAGUGCUGAUGUGCCAGAUGUCACAAGUGCUGAUGUGCCAGAUGUCACAAGUGCUGAUGUGCCAGAUGUCACAAGUGCUGAUGUGCCAGAUGUCACAAGUGCUGAUGUGCCAGAUGUCACAAGUGCUGAUGUGCCAGAUGUCACAAGUGCUGAUGUGCUAGAUGUCACAAGUGCUGAUGUGCUAGAUGUCACAAGUGCUGAUGUGCUAGAUGUCACAAGUGCUGAUGUGCCAGAUGUCACAAGUGCUGAUGUGCUAGAUGUCACAAGUGCUGAUGUGCUAGAUGUGACAGAUGAUGAUGAUGAUGAUGUUGAGGAAGCUGAACUGAACAAAAGACAGGACUCUGCCCUUCUGGAUGCCCUGACUGGCGUGCCUGUUGAGGAGGAUGAGCUGCUCUUUGCUGUGCCAGUAUGGGCUCCCUACAACGCCAUCACAAAUUACAAAUUUAAAGUCAAGUUACAGCCUGGGUCCACUAAGAAAGGGAAAGCUAUGAAAACAGCCCUCAAUAUGUUCCUCUUGGAUAAAAUGGCUUCCAGUAGAGAGAAAAGUCUCUUGAAAAUAUUCAAGGAUUCUGAUCUAAGCCGCAAUCUUCCUGGCAAAGUCAAGCUUGCAGCCCCCAACCUCAAGCCCAAACAUGGCAGCAAUAAAUAAAUCAAUACACCCACCA